GUAUAAUAAGUCACAGUAGCUCAACACUGUCGCAGUGUACUAUUCAUUUAACGUUAGUGACAUUUAAUCUUUUACUUCUGCCUGAUUUUUCGCAUUUUCUCCCACUUGACUGCAGUUUUGUUAAUGGCGUGUCCUGACAAUCACACAGUGGAGUUGAACCCAGCCCUCCUCCCUCUAGACUGGCUUCUGGGUAGCUGGGAGUCAGAUGAACCUGGAGAGGGAUGUUUUACCUCCAUAAAACCUUUCCGCUACAUAGAGACACUGAACUUCAGCCAUGUGGGACAACCAGUCAUCAACUUCACGUUCAAUGCCUUCCAUGCAGAGACCAAGAAGCCCCUGCACAGGGAGUGUGGCUUCAUUCGAAUGCAGCCGGGGGCCCUCAGAGUAGCGUUCAUCAUCGCACAGAACUCAGGUCUGGUGGAGAUUGAGGAGGGAGAGCUGACAGCGCAGCGGCUGAACCUGCAGAGCCAGGCUCUGGCCAGAGUCUCUUUCGCCAGGGAGCCGCAUGUACAGAAGAUUUCUAGAGUGAUUCAGCUCCGACCAGAUGGGAGGCUGGAGCAGACAGUUUCCAUGGCAACAGACAACCAGCCACUGAUGCAGCAUUUGCACAUCACCUACCGUCGGUCGUCUUGACACAACGGGCUGCGAGGCUUCUUUUACAUAGAAAUACUUUGGUCAGGAAAGAUAAAUAUUGCUUAAAAAAAGGGGCUUAACCACUAAUCAUCUUUUAGUUAGAUAAUCAUAUAAACCGUUUGAGUUAUGGUGUACUAUUUAUACAUUACAUACAGUAAUAACUAGGCGUUGUUUAUGCACUACAGUGAGACAGAAAUAGUUAAUGUUACUGUUAAAUAAAAAAAUUAAAAUUAAAAGGGUACUGUGGAGUUUUCUUGUAAACAAACAAAAGUUAUGUUUACAUUAAGCAAAGUCUCACUUUGCCAGACCUUCCUCCACACAGCAAUCUGGGAUGGGAGAAAAACAUGCUCUGGUUUUUCUUUUCUUUUUUCUUCUUUUUAUAAAUUGAUGUGGGUCAUCAUGAUUAGGUACCAGGAAGUAGAUUAAAUAAGGGAGAAACAAUGGAAAAAAAAUAAAAAUAAAUUCAGAAUUUCAGAGUUUCAUCAGAAUUUCAUCUCUACUUUUACAUACUACGCUUCCCUCAAUACUUAUUAUUCAUUAUACCGACCCACACCUACCAACCCCCCCAAAAAAAAAAAACCAUAGUCCUCAUAAAUCGACCAGAGUUAAGAAUGCCAACACAAAGGAAGCAAAAGGUGAUGGACAUCCGCCCCAAAAUUAGGAAUAUCUGGCGGCACUUGAACAAUCCCGGAAAUUAAACGUCUUCGAUAUAGACUACAUUAACAGUUAGUCUUGAGGUUUAACAAAGUGCAUUUUCUUCCUCAUAGAACAAAGUAUUUGAAAUCCUGUAUCGUUUCAUUUUGUUUCAACAUUUUCAUCAAUGUUUAAACGGUCUUCUUCUUCCCUGCCUUUGCUGCAUAUUGCUGCAAUUUCCACGAAUUCCCACCAGCUGUAUCGGUGGAAUAGAGUGAAACCACCACUAGAGGUCCAAAACUCCACAGGAAACCUUUUUAAUCUAAAAAAGAUUUUGUAUUGCACUAAAUGGCCUUGGUUAAGUAUGGGUGCUUGUGCUAUCUUAAUAUUUAUUGUCCAGAUAUUUAAUCUUGGCUUAUUAAGCACUGACAAAUUGUUAAUUACAGUGUCCUCUUAUCUUCAACUUUCAUUGCAUUAGAAGAUUGAAAGCUGAAGUGACUGCUGUUGUUCUGGAGUCAACGGUCUGUUUAUUGGCAUACAUGUAGAUGUUCCUUUACGGGCUGCAUUAAAAGAAAUUAAAGGUAUUUCACCUAUGUC